CACAGCCCAGACUUGUCCGUGGCUGUGAUGCUGCAAACACAGCGGACUAUAUUCUUGUAUAUUUGAGAAAGGAGUGUCAAUUCAUUUUGUAUGGAUACAUUUUUACAUUUGGCAUCACUCCCUUUGGAGGAGUUUAUCCUAAUCAACGUGACUGAGACACGUCUGCGGUUUUCUGGGAAAUGCAUGUCAAUUUGUACAUUUUAGAGGAGACAACUUGGCCACAAAUUGCCAGGAUGCUAUCAAAGCAAUCAUCUGCAGGGAUUUGUUGACCCGGUUGCAACAUGACGGGUCAGGUCCUGAGGGAACCUGGCGCCAGAGCUCCCUCAGAGGACGAUGCCGCCAUCCGCAUCAACGUGGGCGGCUUCAAGAAGCAUCUCCACACAGAAACUCUGUCUCGGUUCCCGGAGACACGACUGGCGCGUCUUCUCCACUGCCGGUCUAAGGAGUCCAUAUUGGAGCUGUGCGACGACUACGAUGACGCAGAGAAAGAGUUUUACUUUGAUAGGAAUCCCGCGCUUUUCCCCUAUGUCUUGAAUUUCUACAACACGGGACGGCUGCACGUCAUGGCUGAACUGUGCAUUUUCUCCUUCAGCCAGGAGAUUGAGUACUGGGGCAUUAACGAGUUCUUUCUCGACUCCUGCUGCAGCAGUGCCUACCACUGUAGGAAAAUGGACCAAGACCGGGAAGAGUGGGAGGACAGGAGUGAUGAAGGAAGCACCACCUCGUCAUUUGACGAGCUGUUGGAGUUUUACAAGGACGCCUCUAAAUUUGACAAACAACCGCUGGGGAGCACCCGGAGGCGCGUUUGGCUGAUGCUGGACAACCCCGGCUACUCCGUGGCCAGCCGCUUUAUCAGUGUCUGCUCCAUCUUGGUGGUGCUCGGUUCCAUUGCCACAAUGUGCAUGAACAGCAUGAGCGAGUUCAGCCUCGUGGACGCCGAAGGGCAGCCCACGGAGGAUCCCCGGUUUGAGAUCGUGGAGCACUUGGGCAUUGCUUGGUUCACGCUGGAGCUGGUGGCCAGGUUCGCGGUGGCCCCGGACCUCGUACACUUUUUCGAGCAUCCGUUGAACCUGAUCGACUUGGUGUCCAUACUUCCCUUCUACCUGACGCUCGUCAUCAACCUGGUGGUGGAGAGUAGUCCAGCGCUGGCCAACCUGGGCCGUGUCGCUCAAGUGUUGAGGCUCAUGAGGAUUUUCCGCAUCCUUAAACUGGCGCGCCACUCGACCGGGCUGCGCUCCCUCGGGGCCACCUUGAGAAACAGCUACAAGGAGGUGGGCCUGCUGCUUCUCUAUCUCGCAGUCGGAGUGUCUUUCUUUUCCGUCGUGGCAUACACGGUUGAGAAAGAAGAUAGCGAGGACUUGUCCACCAUCCCGGCAUGCUGGUGGUGGGCCACGGUCAGCAUGACCACUGUAGGCUAUGGGGAUGUGGUGCCCUUGUCUAUUGCGGGCAAGCUGACAGCCUCGGCCUGCAUUCUGGCGGGGAUCUUAGUAGUAGUGCUUCCGAUCACACUUAUUUUCAAUAAAUUUUCCUUGUUUUACAAGAGACAAAAACAACUGGAAAUCGCAAUGCGAAGCUGCGACUUUGAUGAGGGCAUAAAAGAAGUGCAUUCAGUCAACCUGAGGAACUAUUAUGCACACAAAGUCAAGUCUCUUAUGGCCAGCUUGUCAAACAUGAGCCGGAGUUCACCUAGUGAGCAUAGUCUAAGUGAGUCAAUACACUAAGGGCCUGCGUGAGGAGGUGGCCCAGGGACUGAAUCAUCAGGUGUCAAAGCCCGAUGACAUAUGUGGGACAUAGGCUUGUGGGAAAUUAGAAGCUUUUUCCAUGAGUAGUUGGAUUGCUUUUGCAAUUAGUUGGAAUGGACUAGAAACUUGAGGUACAGUAAUUUAAAAAUAAUUAAUUUCAUGCAAUCAUAAUAUUGAAAAUUUUGCUUUAGAUGUUUUCUUUAUCAGUCCUUUAUUGGAAAAUGCUUUGUUUCAGCAGCCCAAAUGCUGAAUAAUUUUAUAUAAAAAGAAGGCAGCCCAGUGAUCUAGGGGUUACCACAUCAGCCCCAGAGUUCUGAUCUUCUGGGUCAGAAUUUCGGCUCUCCCGCCACAUUCCCAAAACAUGUAGGGUAGGUUAAUUGAAAGAUCUAAAUUGUCCAUAGGAGUGAAUGUGAGUGUAAAUUGUUGUUUCUCUAUAUAUUAUGUGCCUUGUGACUGGCUGGCAACCAGUCCAGGGUCUCGCCCCGCUUCUAGCCCAAAGCCAGCUGGGAUAGUCUCCAGCUCACCCAUGACCUUAAUGAGGACAAGUGGUAUAGAAAAUGAAUAGAUUUCAUAUGAUCAUGAGAAUUAACAUUUUGUUUUAGAUCUAUUGUUUAUCAAUCCCUGUGAUUGGCUGGCAACCAGUUCAGGGUGUACCCCGCCUCCUGCCCGAUGACAGCUGGGAUAGGCUCCAGCACGCCCGCGACCCUAGUGAGGAGAAGCGGCUCAGAAAAUGGAUGGAUGGAUGGAUGUUUAUCAAUCCUUUAUAGGAAAUUGCUUUGUUGCAGCAGCCACACAAUCGUAGGCAUAAAAGUAGAAGUGAAACAUAAAGUAUGCUUGAAUGUUUUGUGUAAAAUUAUGUAAAUGAUGUGAAAACACUUGUAAUUAUGCAACAACAGAUCAGGGUGUAAGUGUCCAAUGAUGAACAAAGCUGUUGGUACAGGUAUAACAUAUUGUCAUCUUCUUACAAUAAUAGCCUAAAAUACUGUUAAGUCAUGUUUUUUUGUUGUUGUUUUGCCCAGAAAACGCAGAAAGCUGAACCAAAUACUGAAUAUAUUAUAUUUUUUAAGAAUUACAUGUCAGGGGUAGAAUUGCAGGAUCUGUUGAGCUGAGGAUGAGAGAGGUGGCCAGCAUGAUGAGGAGAUGAUUUAGGCAUCUAAAGUGUUUAUUUCUUAUUUUUACUCAGGCUAUUAUUUUAGGAAGGUGACGAUAUCAAUACGUAUAUACUGUAUUCAUAUAAACAUAGACACUCUCACAGGUACAUGCUGUUUUCUCAUAAGCAUGCAGAAUAAUAUACUUUUUAGGUGGUUUUAAGGCAUUAAAAUAAGGUUAAAUGAACACCAACAACAACAAAAACAUUCAUGCUAAAUCCAAUGAACAGAUACCCUAAUUUCCAAAUUAUUUCUGGUGAUCGGUUCUAAAUGUCCAUAUACUGGAUUUCCAUGGACAGUCUCCAACGUAGAAUUUUGCAAUCCUACCUACGCCUCUCUGUAGCUGCGUGCAAUAAUCUUUGUGUCAGUUCUCAGCGGAAAUAACAGCAAACGUAGUGGAGUCUGAAUAUAACAAUACCACUGUGCAGUAUUUCCCAAAAAGAAAAAAAUGAAAAAGACAGAGAAUGCUGUGGUCAUUUUCAGUCUUACAGAGUAUAUGUAGUCCAGCCUCCAAUUCUACUUGUUGUAGUAUCUGAAGUAAGCUGUAAAAGAUGUGACUUUAG